AUGGGCGCAUACUACGAUGAAGUCGAGAUUGAAGAUAUGGUAUGGGACGAGGAAAAGCGGGUCUACCACUAUCCUUGUCCCUGCGGCGACCGCUUCGAAAUCUCCAAGAAACAGCUCAAAAACUACGAAGACAUCGCGACAUGUCCUAGUUGUAGUCUGAUCAUACGGGUAAUAUACGAUCCUGUGAGUAGCUUUUAUAUUCGGAUCAUUACUUAA